AGACCGUUUGCUUGAUAUAUGGCCUCACUGACGCGUAGCGUAGCACUGACUCGGCAGUGGUCAGUAUUCUUGCGGCCAGCAUGACGAACGAAGCUCAAAGCUUAGACGUGGCUGUUAUCGGGGGUGGACUGGUCGGUGCCUUGGUCACUUGUUUUUUCGCCAAACGUGGUCACCGAGUAUGUCUGUACGAAUACCGCUCUGAUAUUCGAGUGGAAAGUGCACGGGGAGUGAGCAUCGAUUUGGCUUUAUCGGUGCGCGGAAGGGAGGCUUUGAGGGCCGUCGGCCUUGAAGAUACUAUUAUUAACGAGCACGGGACACCUAUGAAAGGUCGAAUGAUUCAUUUUCAAGACGAAUCUCUGAAAGAAAUCAUAUACGAUAAUGUUAACAAAAACUGCAUUUACUCGGUGAAUCGAACGCACCUGAACAAAGUUCUCCUGAAUGCCGCGGAAGAGUAUUCAAAUGUGUCGUUAUUUUUCAACCACAAAUUAAUCGAUGCCAAUCUCGACGACGGGACUAUGCAAUUCAUGAAUACAAAAACGGAGAAGGAAGUGAAUACGCGAGCGGAUUUAAUAACAGGAGCAGAUGGAGCUUACUCCUUCGUAAGGCGAUUGAUGUCGAAGAGGCCGCGAUUCAAUUGCAGCCAGACCUACAUCGAUCACGGAUACGUGGAACUUUCUUAUCCGAUUGGAAAAGAUAAUCAGCAUAUUAUGAGCGGGAACCACUUGCACAUAUGGCCACGUGACGAUUUUAUGAUGAUAGCUCUACCGAACGACGACCGCACGUUCACCGGCAAUAUCUUUGCACCGUUCAAAGUCCUCGAAGCGCUUGACACGCGCGAGAAAUUGCUGGAUUUUUAUCGCGAGCAAUUCCCCGAUGCGCUCAAAUUAAUCGGCGAGGAGAAAUUGGUUCGAGAAUUCUUCCAAACGCCACCCAAGACUCUUAUAUCAAUCAAGUGUAAACCUUAUCACGUUGGAAGCAAAGCUCUUAUCAUUGGAGAUGCUGCGCACGCUAUGGUACCUUUUUACGCGCAGGGUAUGAAUUGCGGCUUCGAAGACGCUCUGCUACUGGAUCAGCUAUUGGAAUUUUACGACAGUGAUCCUGAAAAAGUACUUCCGAAAUUUUCUGAAUUACGUUGCGAUGAUGCGCACGCAAUUGUCGAGCUUGCCAUGUACAAUUACCUCGAGAUGCGCAAUUUGGUAACAAAAAAAUCGUAUAUUGCACGUAAAUACUUGGACACUGUAUUAUUCUGGUUGUUCCCAAACAAGUGGAUUCCACUUUACAGUUCGGUCACAUUUUCGCGAAUGCGUUAUCGCGACUGCAUCGAGAACAAAGCUUGGCAAGACAAGGUAUUAUAUUUUCAUUGCUUUACGGCUCGUAGAUUGUUACAAAAUAUAUAUUUUUCAAAUUGCUUUCAGAUUCUUCAAAGAGCUGCUGUUUGCGCGGGAAGUGUAAUUGUCGCCACUUUGGCUACUCUGGCAGUAACGAAUGCCGGAUGACUCAUUUACUCGAUCUGUGAAUCUUAUUUUAUACACGCUUGACAUGCCAUUGCAUGUAAUGUCAAGACAUUCCCAUACGAAUAGAUUUUUUUAUCACUCGUUGAUCACUCACUGUUGUUUUCUUUCAAUGAGUCAGAGUAUUUCGAGGCCGUGAUCUUUUUCACAUGAAACAUAUUAUUCUUAAACUUUAACUACUAUGAAGUUGGAACGAUAAUAUAUAAUGUUUGUAUAAAAAAUAAAUCUGCCAUAGACCGAUCUCGGUGAACAUUGCACGAGAAAAACUGAA